AUGCUUUUCACCGCAGCAACCCUUGCUCUCCUCGGCCAGCAGGCUUCGGCUUACGUCCUCGAGCCCCGUCAGAGCUGCCCCAGCAUCCACAUUUUCGGAGCUCGUGAGACCACUGUUUCGCCCGGUUACGGUUCCGCUGGUAGCGUUGUCAACGCCAUCAUUCAAGCCUUCCCCGGUGCUACAUCCGAAGCUAUUAGCUACCCAGCUUGCGGUGGCCAAUCUAGCUGCGGUGGUGUCAGCUAUGCCAACUCUGCUCUUCAAGGAACCCAAGCUGUCGCUUCUGCCGUUAACUCCUUCAACACCAGAUGCCCAUCGACACAGAUUGUUUUGGUCGGAUACUCGCAGGGUGGUCAAAUCACCGAAAAUGCUUUCUGCGGUGGUGGUGAUAGCAACAUUGGUCUAUCCAACACUGCUAUCCCAAUCCAAGCUUCUGCCUUGACCCAAAUCAAGGCCGUCAUCCUCAUGGGUGACCCAAGAUUCACAGCUGGAGCUCCAUACAACGUUGGUAGCUGCACAGCCAAAGGCUUUGCACCCCGUCCAGCUGGGUUCAUCUGCCCAUCUCCAGACAAGGUUCAGUCCUACUGCGACUCCAGGGACCCGUACUGCUGCACUGGCAAUGACCAGAACGUCCACCAAGGAUACGGUAGCCAAUACGGUACCGCCGCUCUCAACUUCGUUAAGAGCAAGUUGAACGGGUCCACCAACCCUCCCACCACCACCGCCACCCGCCCAGGAACAACCGCAGUCCAAACUACCACUGCUAACAACAACAAUGGAAACUGCUCGCCUAAGUGGGGACAGUGCGGUGGUAUUGGCUGGACCGGAGCUACCUGUUGCAAUUCUGGCAGCACAUGCCAGGCCGGAAACGCCUAUUACUCCCAGUGCUUGUAA